AUGGGUCGCCCUAUCAGCCGCGACUUUGAAGGCGAGCUUGUUCUCAAGUUUAAAGCCCUGUUUGACAAAAUCGUCGACGGCGUCAAUAAGGAGAAUCCUUCAUAUCCGUUCGAUUUUGAGCGGUUCGUCGAUUGCUUCAACACCGACGACUACAUCACCAAGCAGGUGUUUGAAUACCUCGUCAAGGAGGCUGCACGCAGCUACAGACGAGCCAACCCCUACGACCGGAUCCCGCCCUUCCCUCGGCCGCCAACUAUCCAUCACACUGCCUCGUCUGUCGCACCAGGCGCAGGAGCAGGAGGCGCAUCCUCACCUUAUACCUCGCUUUCUUCGUCACUCUCUUCCUUGGCCUUUGACAACCCACAACAACAACACCACGAUCGAGUCCACAGUGACGCUUCUCAGAGCGAGGGCGAGCAAGCAGGUGUCUCUAACACAGGAGUCAGGACAAGCACAGCCGUUGACUCUCCGACCGCUGCUACGACUGCGGUGCGAGGAGGAUUACAGCGAUCAUUGACUCCAAAUUCAACAGCCGCACCCGGAAGCUCGUCACGCACAGGAAGAUUCCACAGACCCUGGGAUCAAGGAACCACAGGACCCGACCUUGAGAUCCUGACUCAGAUGUUCAACCGAUCAAGGGAACGGCGCUCAAGGGAACGGACAGGGGCCUCUGUUUUGGGAUCAAGACAGAAUCCCCUGCUGGAAAUCGACAACUCGGAUGACUCGGAUACCUCGGAUGAUUCGAUCUACGAGAGCCUUGCCCAUACACGAUCGAUCAUGGGAACCAUGCACGACUUGGACCCUUCACCAACUCAUAGCCCGGGAAGAAAUACGUCGCAAUCGAUAGCCAAUCGACAGAGUAAUUAUAUUUCGUCUACACAGCCGUAUCCUCCACUCUCGGCUUCGCCAUCGUCACCGACCACAUUUGCGUCGCCACCUUCGUCCCACUCUCCCUUUUCACCGCCGUCCUACUGGGAUUCAUCGACGGCAGUCAGAGCUGAUAGGUUGCAGCGGAUGUCUCGGUAUGUUUUCGAUGACUCUGGGAUGGCACGACUCCGACAGCCGGGAUAUAAUAACUCCUUCCGACAAAACUGGAGACAGCAUAACCGCCGUCUUGAAAGGUAUCGGGCAUCAGCUUCCCUUCUCGACACCUUGUCUGGAACAGGAGGAGCAGGAGGCCAAGGUCAAUUCUCGUCUUCGUCCGUUUUGCCAGCACAGCCUUCGACGGCGAUUCCAUCUUUGAGCCGUAGGCCUGACCAAUCAAUCACUACAACCUCAGCCUCUGGCAUUCCUGGAACGUUGAGAAGUGGACGACGGUUGUCGGAUCCUAUGAUUACCAGUCGUUCAGAGUCUCUCUCUUUUUACUCGGGACUUGACGCUGGACGAGGUGCACGGGAAUUUCUCGCUCAGCCAGAAGAGGAUCGGUACACCAGUUUCGCCGAGGCUUCUCGCAGAGGAAGAGCCGCUCUGCGAUCGGCAGCCAUUUCUCUGGAGGCAACAAUGGAUGCUGCACGUGUAAUCCGGAAUCGUCGAUACGGGUCAGAGGGAUCUGUAGUUGAGGCCUCUUCUUCGUCAUCAACCUCUGCACUCUCGACAGCCCUUGUGGCACCAGUGCGUUCGACCCCGACUGCAGCCUCGGCGCCUACUGUGCUUCUGGAUGAAAACUGUGAGCCAGGAGAGACAGCAUCAUCGUCAUCGGCGACGACAGGAGUGGCAAGGCCUGAAGAGGAGACAGUGGUGGCGAGUCUUUCAGUGGCAGCACCGAGGGAAUCAGCAAGUGGUCGCCAGCCAUCGAUGACACCCACACGUCCAGACUCGCCUUACCCAACUGUUGACAACAUCAGAGCAGACUCGCCCUAUCCUGAGGGUAAUGUCUAA